AUGAAGAGUGCUGCUAGAGGUGGACGUGGCGGCGGGAGAGGUAGGAAGGUUGCUGCACCUCCCUCGCCGCCACCCCCAGCUGAUUCUGCCAACCACCGGAAUGCUCCAUCUCAGGUGGACCUGUCUGACUUGGACCCGUCUCGGACUCCGGUCCAUGAGCCUCGGGCCGACGAGCCUCGAGUCGCCGAGCCUUCUUCCCACGAGACUCGGGUCCCAGAGUCUUUGUCCCACGAGACUCCGGUCCCAGAGUCUUCGUCCCACAUGACUCCAGAGACUAGUGGACAUGCUGGUGGCGAGGACACAUUUUCUGACGAUAGCGAGGGCGAGCUGGUUCAGGGGGGCAAGAAGGUCUACUAG